AAGAAAGCAAAGCCAUGUGAUUGUUCAUUUGAUAAUGUCUCUCUGUAGACCCCAUCCUAAUUCCCCUUCACCACUCAUUCUAGUUUUCAUACAUUUUCUACAUACCAUUGAUCUCUAUAAAAACAUAUCAGUAAGUCCAAAACCAACACAAGCUUCAAAUUCUUCACUUGUUCUGCAUAUCCUCAACUCUUUUUCUGUUUGUUAAGUGGGUUAUACUAAUUGAAAACAAUGGCUAUUCGCAUGCCUCGAAUUAGUCAUGCCAAACAAGUCCUUCGCUGGUCUUCACUGACAGCAACAAACAAAGCAGCUUCAUCAUCAUCAGCAGAUGUUCCAAAGGGUCAUUUUGCAGUUUAUGUUGGAGAGAGCGAAAAGAAACGAUUUGUGAUCCCGAUAUCAUACUUGAACAAUCCUUCUUUUCAACACUUGUUAAGUCAAUCUGAGGAAGAAUUUGGGUUUGAUCAUCCAAUGGGUGGUCUUACUAUUCCGUGCAGAGAAGACUUCUUCAUAAAUCUUACUUCUCGAUUGGGUGGAUUAUGACUCUUUGAUAGAGGACACUUAUUAACAUAUUUAGCAGACAUGAUUUUGUAAAGCAAUAGUAACAUAUUCAUUGUUCAAGUCUAUUAUCUCCCUUUGUUAACACAAAGAGAUUCAGUCUUGAGAAAAGGAAGAAAUGUCCCAUUUAAUGGCAAAAGCUUCAUAGCUAUGAAUUUUUUUUC